AUGACGUCGAAUAUUGCACAGAAAUCAAAACCCCUCCCCGCUGGUAUCUACUGCCCCGUCGUCUCCCUGUACAAGCCCACGCCGCGCCAGGAGAUCGACUAUGAGGCGUCGUACAAAUACUUCGCAUACCUGAUCCGCGGGGGCGUCGAUGGGCUCGUUAUGGCCGGAACAACCGCUGAAGCUGUGCUUCUCUCCGCAACUGAGCGUCAAGAACUGGUGCGCGUUGCGCGCCGCGCCGCGACAGAUCUCGGAUUGUCUGAUUUCCCCGUCGUGGCGGGCAUCAGCGGACAAUCUACAAACGAGUCCAUUAGGCUUGCGCAGGAUGCACAAGAGGCCGGUGGGGACUUUGGACUUCUCCUCCCGCCGUCGUACUGGGUGAAGGCUGUGACGAAGGAUGUAAUUGUCGACUUUUAUCGUGAGGUCGCUGAUAAUAGUCCGAUUCCGAUUGUGAUUUACAGCUUCCCUGCCAUGUGCAACGGCGUGGAUCUAAACUCGGACGUCAUGUCGGAACUGGCGCAGCACCCCAAUAUCGUCGGCACAAAGCUCACUUGCGGAAACGCAGGGAAGGUUACCCGGUUGACAAACGAGUAUAGCCAUGAGCAAUUUAGUGUCUAUGCCGGGUCGUCGGACUGGCUGCUCCCGUGUCUUAUUGGUGGUGGUUCCGGAUGCGUUACUGGUAUCGGCAAUGUCUUCCCUAAGGGCUUGUGGCUCAGGCAGAAAAGGCGUGCAAGGGAGGGUAUUGCGCCGACUAAAUUCGCUGCUGGGUAUUUUGCUGGCCCUGCUGCUGGGGUUACGGAUGAGAAGGCAUUCUGGCCCAGGAAGCCGUAUAAGCCAUCUGGGAAGGAGAAGCAGGAGUGGGUGGUGAAGGUGAUGCAGCAUCUGGUUGAGAUUGAGCAGUCAAUACCGGAUCGAGCAGGAAAAUAA